GUCAUUUUCUUUUGCCACCAAACAAACACCUCUCUACUCUCUUCUUCUUUUUUCUUACAAAACCCCCUUAAAUCCCAUAAAACAAAAGAAAAAGUCAUUUCUACACAUUGCAUCAAAAACACCCAAUUUCUCACUUCUAAAAGCAAAAAGAAAAAUGAGAGGGGCAAAUUUGAAAUUUCAAUCUGCUAUAAACUUGAAGUUUAUAAUAUUUUGCUUUGUUUUCAUUUGUUUAGCAUUCUUAAUAGUACGUUCAUCUUUCUCUUCAUCAUCAGAAAACAGCAAAGAAACCUUAAUGUCAUAUGUGAAAACCCAAAAUUGCCCUUGUAACAAAAUCCCACCUUCUUUAUCCGACACCAUAAUACACUACGCAACAUCCAACAUAACUCCCCAACAAACGGCGAAAGAAAUCUCCGUCACAGAACGAAUUCUCCGCCGUAAAUCACCGUCAAACUUCCUUGUAUUUGGGCUGGGCCGCGACAGUCUAAUGUGGGCCUCAUUAAACCACGGAGGUAGAACCGUCUUUUUAGAAGAAAACGAAGGUUGGAUCAGCGAAAUCAAGGCCCAAUUCCCUACCCUCGAAUCAUAUCUCGCCACGUACGACACCAAAGUACGUCACUCCGAUGAUCUCAUGACGUCAGCUGUGACGUCAGAGGAAUGUUCCAAUGUGGUGGACCCCAGGAAAAGUAAGUGCAACUUAGCGUUGAAGAGUUUACCAAAUGAGAUAUACGAGGUAGAGUGGGAUUUAAUUAUGGUGGAUGCGCCCACAGGAUACCACGAUGAGGCACCAGGUAGGAUGAGUGCGAUUUAUACAGCAGGGUUGAUGGGGAGAAAUCGUGAGGUGGGUGAGACGGAUGUAUUUGUACAUGAUGUGAAUCGAGUUGUAGAGGAUAAAUUCUCAAUGGAGUUUUUAUGUGAAGGUUAUAUGAUACAACAAGAAGGAAGAUUAAGGCAUUUUACUAUUCCUAGUCAUAAGGCUCGCCGUGGUAGACCUUUUUGUCCUCCUCCUAAACCUAAUUCUACUUAAGAGUCUUAAGAAGUAAGAAUUAAGGUUGUUAUUAUAUUCUUUUUACCUUCAUUUAUAAAUAAUUUCUCAUGGUUUUGUGUUAA